GCCCGGGGCCGCGCUCACCCUUUCCCGCGCUCCGCUCGGCGGCCAGAGCGCGACCAAUCGGCUUCCGCAGUAGAGAGCAGCCGUCCAAUGAGACAAAGGGACGCGGCACCCCGCGGUCCCUCGGGCGGACGCACAGCCCGCUUACCCAGAAGGCGGAACUCCCGGCUGGAGGCAAGGGUCCCCCCAAAGUCGCGCGUGCAGGCGAGUGAAGGCUAGGUCUGCGACGAGCUCGUCUCUUGGGUUCUCUGCUGUUGAAAAAGUAUCCCUGUGUGUUUAGAGUGAACUGUCUAUUCACCUUCAAACCAUCAUGAGCCCUAAGAAGCGCAGGUCACAGAUCGCAUUCGAUGAGAAGAGAAAUAGGAAAAUUGAGCACUAUUUCUCUCAGGUCAAUAAAAACCAGGAGAAUAAUUCUGAUAUUCCUCAAAUGAAGAUGGGUGCUAGGAAAGGUCCAAAAGAUAUAACUAACACCCAGGCUCAAGGACCCAAAGACCAGACUGGGCUCCCAAAGAAGACAAUUUACAUCACCUUGGCUGUGAACUCCAGAAAACACAUGCUCACACACAGUGAAGGGGAUAGCUUAUAUGCAGCACUCAACACGUUAAAGGCUGUCGAGAAGGAAAUAAAAACUCAGCAGGGCAAAGAGAUGCUGGUGCUUGGCACGGAAGGCAUCGAAGGAUACAUCAAUCUUGGGAUGCCCCUCAGUUGCUUUCCUGAAAGCUGCCACGUCCUAAUCAAAUUUGCCCAGAGUAGAAGUAGACAGAAAGAAAGGAGCCCGGUAUUUGGCCGGCAUGACAAGGUAUCCCCUGACUGUGUCAAAUUUUAUAUUCACGUGAUUGGGAAGAGAAAGAAGAGGAUAGUCAAGAGCAGGCAUCUCCACAAAGAAGGGUGCAAACUCUGUGUCUACGCUUUCAAAGGAGAAACCAUCAAGGACGCAGUGUGCAAGGAUGGCAGGUUUCUCUCCUUUCUGGAGAAAGAGGACUGGAGACUCAUCAAAAACCAUGACUCCAUUCUAGAAAGCACGCAGACUGUUGACAACCUAGAAGGCGAGCUCUUUGAGAUUGAAGUUGAAAAAAGAAUGGGCUUUGGAGCAGGAGCUUCUCAAAAUUCGGAGUCAGAGGAACGAAACACCUCUGUGUUGAGAGAAGAAUUUGUGGCUCAGUACCCCAGUUUGCAGAGAGAAAGUGAAAAAAUCAGAGAUAACUUCAAGAAAAAAUUGGAAAAGAAAAAGAACAGAGCUUCAUUAUUUAAACUACAUAAAGUAAACUUUGGGAAACUGACAAGAAACUCUACCCCAGUUAAAAUGCACAAACUUCUUUCUCAUCUCAGUGACUCAGUUGGGUACCUGUCGUGGGACAACAAUGGAAAUAGGGGUUCUGCCACCUGCUUUGUUUUGAAUGAAUUGUUUAUUUUAACUUGUCGACACGUGGUAAGUGACAUUGUGGGAAAGGGAAUAGACCCAAGUAGGUGGGCAGACAUAAUUGGUCAGUGCGUAAGAGUGACUUUUAGUUACGAAGGGCCCCCUGAGAAAGAAGAGAACUGCUUUUUCAUUGAGCCUUGGUUUAAGGUAUCUGAUGCCACUCUCGAUUACGCGGUUCUGCAACUGAAGGCCAAUGGACAGCGGGUACCUUUGGGACUCUAUUCUAGAGUUGCUCCUGCGCCAUCUAGUGGGCUCAUCUAUAUCAUCGGCCAUCCGUAUGGAGAGGCCAAGUCUAGUGAUGGUUGCACCGUGAUCCCUCUGGAGCAGCGAGGGGAGAAAUUUCAGGAACAUUCUCAGCCUAGAGGGGGAGAGAAUAGCAGUCAUGACAUGCAGUAUAUCCAUAUGUACACUCAAAGAAGCUUCCAGAAAAUAGCUUACGAUCCUGAUGUGAUUACCUAUGACACUUCUUUUUACUUUGGGGCUUCUGGCUCCCCAGUGUUUGAUGCAAAAGGUUCAUUAGUAGCCAUGCAUACUGCUGGCAUCACUUAUAAUCGCCAAACUGGGUUAUCUCAUAUCAUUGAGUUCGGCUGUACUAUGGAAUCCAUUCUCCUUGAUAUGAUGCGAAACCAUGGGCAGUGGUUUACAGAAGAAUGUAUAAAUCAGCCAAAUACAGAACAAUGUGUUGAUCCACAAGAUGUGGAAAUGGUGAGUGAGGAGGAUUGAAGAUGGUGAGAAUUCAGCCUAUUUACUGGCUUCCAGGGGAUUACCCAGGGAGUUGGUAUUCCACAGGCAAAGGUGAUCAUGUCCUAAAUUCCAAAAUGGUUACUUUUGUUUAAAAAAUUGCCAUUAUAGAACAUUUUGUACACACCACUUCUCUAAAGACAUGAAGACUAUAAUCCUAACACGUGGGCUGUUAAUCCCCUUUUAAAGUCAACCAACGGUCUUUCAAGAUAUGUCUCCAAAGGCAAAGGAAACAAAAGCGAAAAUAAACUUUUGGGACUUUAUCAAAAUCAAAAGCUUCUACACAGCAAAGGAAAGAGUCAAGAAAACAAAGAGGCAACUCAUGGAAUGGGAGAAGAUAUUUGCAAAUGACAGUACAGACAAAAGGUUGAUAUCCAGGAUCUAUAAAGAACUCCUCAGACUCAACACACACAAAACAGACAAUAAUAUCAAAAAAUGGGCAGAAGAUAUGGACAGACACUUCUCCAAUGAAGACAUACAAAUAGCUAUCAGACACAUGAAAAAAUGUUCAUCAUCACUAGCCAUCAGGGAGAUUCAAAUUAAAACCACAUUGGGAUAUCACCUUACACCAGUUAGAAUGGCCAAAAUUAGCAAGACAGGAAACAACAUGUGUUGGAGGGGAUGUGGAGAAAGGGGAACCCUCUUACACUGUUGGUGGGAAUGCAAGUUGGUGCAGCCUCUUUGGAGAACAGUGUGGAGAUUCCUCAAGAAAUUAAAAAUAGAGCUUCCCUAUGACCCUGCCAUUGCACUCCUGGGUAUUUACCCCAAAGAUACAGAUGUAAUGAAAAGAAAGGCCCUCUACCCCAAUGUUUAUAGCAGCAAUGGCCAGGGUCGCCAAACUGUGGAAAGAACCAAGAUGCCCUUCAACGGACGAAUGGAUAAGGAAGAUGUGGUCCAUAUACACUAUGGAGUAUUAUGCCUCCAUCAGAAAGGAUGAAUACCCAACUUUUGUAGCAACAUGGACGGGACUGGAAGAGAUUAUGCUGAGUGAAAUAAGUCAAGCAGAGAGAGUCAAUUAUCAUAUGGUUUCACUUAUUUGUGGAGCAUAACAAAUAGCAUGGAGGACAUGGGGAGUUAGAGAGGAGAAGGGAGUUGGGGGAAAUUGGAAGGGGAGAUGAACCAUGAGAGACUACAGACUCUGAAAAACAAUCUGGGGGUUUUGAAGGGGCGGGGGGUGGGAGGUUGGGGGAACCAGGUUGUGAGUAUUAGAGAGGGCACGGAUUGCAUGGAGCACUGGGUGUGGUGCAAAAAUAAUGAAUACUGUUAUGCUGAAAAUAAAUAAAAGAAAAAAAGAAAAGAAAAGUCAACCAACGGGAAGAAUAAUGGGAUUGUGACACAAACCGCAUGUGCGUGCGUGUGUGUGUUUUCCGUGUCUUCUGUGCCUUCCCCUAAAUUCAGUUGCUUGAAGGCAGUAUCUAACACGUGUUCAUCUCUUCAUUCCUAGUGUCUGGAAGAUGGAAAGUAAAUGCUUAGAAAAUGUGUGGGUCAAUCUAUAGCACAAUUUUAGGGCUGCUGUUCAUCUUAAGUGAGGAACUAAAUGCUUGCUUAGAAAUAAUCUCUCACAGAAUCUUUAGUAUUUCCCAAAUCUUCAUAUUACUAAAACUCAGGAUGCAUGUGUUCUGAAAUUCAAAGGGUAAAACAUUAUUCUUGUAUUGAUUAGUCUAUUUGGGCAAAGAAACUAUCGUAAAGAUUCUAUCACUGUGAUCUUAAGUCCUUGGUUUUUACCUUUUCUGUUCAAGAUCACAUAGUGCAUUACAUUUAGAUGUUAAUGUUAAUGUUAGGCUCCUCAAUUUCUCAGACUUUGACUAGUGAUCUUGACAGUUAGAAAGAGUGUACUGCUCAGGUGUUCUGUGGGAUGCCUUUCUGUUGGAAUUUGAUGAUUAGACUGGUGUUGUGGGGUUUGGAGAGUAAGACCAGAGGAGCAAAGUGCCUUUUCACCAUAUGACAUCAAGGGUUUGCAUAUCCCUUUGACAUAUUCUCAUCAGUGUGUUGUUUGUUUCCUGUUUGUUUGUUUGUUUGUUUUGAGUACUUUCCUAUGCUGUGGUCCAUGCUCUGCUUGAAAAUUUCCUGCCCCAGCCCUAGAAUCAACCAUUUCUCCAAGGAGCCCUGGAGAACAGUGUUAGAAACCAAGAUCUGGAUACUAAAUAUGCUUGUUGCUAUUGGAUGUUCUUUCUUUUAUGCUCGCUCAGCAGACAGAAAAAAGACAUAUGUGUGUGUUUAUUAGCUUCUGUACAGUCACCCUUCCCAGCUUAUUCUUGAUCUUGCUUUCUGGGGCUCUGGUUUCCUGUGGUCAGAUGAUCUUCCUUCUGACUUAUCGCCCGAAGGUCAAUGGUAGCCGAACGCUGGGUGACAGCACCUAGGUCAGCCAGCUCAUUUCCUCCUAUCAGGCAGGCAUUUUACCACCUCACGUCAUCAUAACAAGGAGGAGGAGUGCAGUGCAAUAAGGUAUUUUGAGAGCGGGAGAGAGACAGUAUUCACAUCACUUUUAUUCCAGUGUAUUGUUAAAAUUGGUCUAUCUUCUUAUUAGGGAUUGCUAAUCUCUCACCGUGCCUCAUUCAUACAUUAAACUUCAUCAUAGGUGUGUGUGUGUAGAGGAAAAAACAGAAUAUAUGCAGGUUUCAGGUAUCCCCUAGGGGUCUUGGAAAGUGUACUCCGCAGAUGAGGAGGGCCGCCGCAGGUACCAUGUAUCUGCAAACAUUCCUACGUGUGACUGGAUGUAUCAUAAACUGGACAUUCUUACUGAUGUCUCCCACUGCAGUCCAGUCCCACUGGACUGGAUCAUUUUCGCCUCCUCCAUUGCUUAUCUGGGAACUCCCAGUCGAACAGGGAGAAACCUGGCUUCGACCAUCCCCGACCCACUUAAUUGUUCAAUUUGGUUUUCAUGCAAAGCGGCAUCAGAAUUGUUCACCUGUACUGGUGGGAGGAGGGGUAGCGUGGUUAGUUACAGAGCAGUGUGUAUGUGCCAUCUCCUUGCCUCUAGUUCUUAAAGACUCACUCCCAAAGUGACUGGGGUCAGCACCUGUCUGUCCUUCCACACCACGCAGCGAGGUGUUUUGCACAUUUGCAGUGUAGUUGGAGUCUUGUCACUGUCUCCACUCUUUCUUCUCACUUCUCAGCCUAAGUGACGUUUAAAAUCUGCAUAUCUUGGGCAACCGACUCUUGGUUUUGGCGCAGGUCCUGGUCUCUGAGGGGUUUCAGGUUCGGGUCCCAAGGGCGGCUUUGCGCUCAGAGACGAGUCUGCUGGGGGACUCUCUCCUUCUCUCUCUGCCCCUCCGUCUGCUCAUGCUGUCUCUCUCUCAAAAUGAAUAAACGAAUAAAUCUUUUUAAAUUUGCGUAGAUCAAGGUUCGCUGUCCAUGCUGUGAGUUCUGCGGUCUUAACAAGUGUAUAAUGUCAUGUGUGCACUGUUACAAUGUUGUACAGAAUUCUUUCACAGCCUAGAAGUCCCCCGGGCUUCACCCACUUCUUCCUCCCUCUCCCCUGCACCCCUAAGGGAUCACGGAUGAGUUUACUGUCUUUAUAGUUUUGCCUUUUUCCAGAAGGUCCCCGGAGUAGAACCCUACAGUAGGCAGCCUCUUCAGCUCGACUUCUCUCGCUGAGCAAUAUUCAACAAAGGUCGCGUGCGCUGCAUCUUUUUGUGGCUUGAGAGCUCAUUUAUUUCAUUCCUGCCACUGACUACUGUUCUCUUGUGCAGGUAUACAACCCUUUGUGUACUCGUUCACCUGUUGAAAGAUAUCUUAGUUGCUUCUGUGCUUGGCGAUUAUGAAUAAAGCUGCUCUCAGCGUUUGCAUACAAAUGUUUGUGUGAACCCAAGUUCUCAACUCCAUUGGGUAAAUAAAUACUUCAGUGUGAUUCCUAGA